AUGCCGUCGAAGAAAUCGAAGAACGAUUCAGAGAAGAAAUCCAUCGCGGAGGCAUCAGAUGGUCUGGGUACUACACCAGCCACUACCGGUAGUAAGACCUCGAAGGAAGAUGUUGACGAUAAAAGGUCAUACCUUCGAACUGGAACUAUACCGAAGAGAACAGAUAAUCUCAGUAGUGGAGAGGCCAAGAAGCAGGUCGAGAUUCUAUCCAACGAUAAUGUGAGACGGAACCCUCCGCGCAAGGUAAGAAGAAACCAUUGUCAGUCCUGUUAUGAACCUGACACCAGUAGAAUGGUGCAGUGUGAUACUUGUGACCUAUGGUAUCAUUUCUCCUGUGUGGAGGUAUCGGCAGGAAUUGCAGAUGUGAGUUGGAUUUGUCCCAUGUGCGAUGUCAUAAAGGACCCAAUCACUCCUUCGGAACAAAAUACUGCCGGUGACCAGAUUGUUAGUAAUUUGGCCAAGGAUAGACUGCCAAAGGACAGGACAUCGCUGUCCCAGAGCAAGAUGGGUAGCUCGAAGAGUGAGUCAAAAAGACGGAGAGAUCUGGCAUUGCAGAAGCUGGAGGCUGAGUUUAUGCUAGAAAAACGCUAUAUUGAACGUAUGUACGACAUUCUACUAGUAGAUGAAACGGACGCUGCCUCAGUUGUGAGCGAAACCGAUUCCGACAAAAUGUUGAAAAUACAAGACUGGAUAGCUGCUACUGAACGCGUUGAUCAACCACCAACCCUACAAGUAAACGAGUUCGUUCCCGGUCAACGGUCCACGCCAAAGCAGCCAGUACCACAAAGGCUGCCUCAGCUAACAGAAAAUGUGAACGAUGAAACUGUGUGCAUAUUGAACCGUAGUCAAAUUGCUGCGCGUCAGGCUAUCUCCAAAGACCUUCCGGAGUUUAGCGGUAGCCCUGAGGACUGGCCUCUAUUUUAUUCAAUGUUUAACACCUCCACUCAGAUGUGCGGUUUCUCUAACGAAGAAAACAUGCUGCGGCUUCGUAAGUGCUUGCGAGGUAAGGCAUUGGAGGCAGUUAGGUGCCGAUUACUUCAUCCAUCGAACGUUUCUGGAGUAUUAUCCACUCUGAAGAUGCUGUAUGGAAGGCCAGAAGCCAUUGUCCAGGCAAUAAUUGGCAAGGUACGAGGCUUACCAUCCCCGAAUAUAGAAAAACUAGAAACGGUUGUCAAUUUCGCAUUGACGGUCGAGAACCUGGUUGCAACGAUUCAGGCCUGCGAAGUGAGUGACUUCGUAUACAAUGUCUCCUUGCGAUAUGAGCUGGUGGAAAGAUUACCACCGACCCUGAAGCUAGACUGGGCCAAGUUUUCUAGAAGUAACCCUACACCGAAUCUCCUUGAUUUCAGCUCGUGGUUAUACUCCACGGCAGAGGAUGCAAGCGCCAUUAUGACAACUCCCAGUCAGGAUCAACGGCCGCGAACAAGCAGAAAGGAUACGUUUCUCAACUAUCAUUCAGCAACGGAUAGCGAGGGCAUGAGGCCCACGAGACCUGUCCAGAAAGCGACAUUUGUUCUCGAAAAAUCGUCCAGCGUUCAGUGCAUAGUAUGCAAAGGGAGCUGUUCAUCACUAACUGUAAACGCUUCGCGGAAUUCAGCUGUGAGUCUAGGUGGACAGUGUAAAGGUCAGUAUAAUAAAAAAUCAGCCUCAUCGAACGAGCCAUCGACUGUAGUGGGGCAAAACAACGAACCGACGUGUAACGUGCACCAAGGACAAUCGGAAGUUCUCUUUAGAGUUGUUCCUGUUAUUCUGUAUGGACCUUCGAAAACAAUUCGAACACACGCAUUUAUCGAUGAUGGAUCUGAGCUUACGUUGAUAGAACAAUCCCUUGCGGAUGAGCUGGAAUUGAAAGGACCAGCAAAAUCGUUAUGCUUAAAAUGGACGGGUGGUGCGCGGAGGACAGAAAGCUCUUCACAAAGGGUAAGCUUACAAAUUUCUGGAAACGUAGAUUCGACAAAAAAGUACAACCUGUCCUCAAUACAAACAAUUGGAGCGCUGCAAAUUCGACCGCAAACGUUGCUGGUAGAAAACAUGCAGGAGAGAUUCCAGCAUUUACGCGGGCUACCACUAGAAUCAUACCACAAUGUCAGUCCAAGGCUGCUUAUAGGAUUAGAUCACGCAGGCCUCGGAUAUGCUAAAGAGAGUCGAGAAGGUAAACCGAAGGAACCAAUAGCCGUUAAAACGCGCCUCGGAUGGGCCGUAUACGGAAGCUGUGUAGGAGAGGAGAAGGCCUUUCGCUAUGUGAACUAUCAUAGCCUUCAAGUAUGCCAGUGCAAUCUGGAGAUCGAUGGAGCGCUAUACAAAGCAGUAAAAAACUAUUUUACACUCGAUAGUCUCGGAAUCCAUACCCCGGGCAAGCCAAUGUUGUCAACAGAGGAUCAACGAGCACAAACGCUACUUGAAACAUUAACACGACCAAAAAAUGGUCGUUUUGAAUCUGGUCUCUUGUGGAAGUACGAUAAUGUACGACUACCUGAUAGUGAAGGAAUGGCAUUAAGGCGAUGGCGAUGUCUAGAUAGCCGACUGCGGAAGGAUCCAAUUUUAGCAGAAACUCUUACCACGAAAAUCGACGACCACAUCACCAAAGGUUAUAUUCGGAAAUUAACUGUUGAAGAACUGCGUUUACCUCACACAAGAGUGUGGUAUCUUCCAAUCUUCCCAGUGGAUAACCCGAACAAACCGGGUAAGACAAGGCUGGUGUGGGAUGCAGCUGCAACUGCUCACGGAAUUUCUCUAAACUCGGUACUACUAAAAGGUCCGGAUCAGCUAACUUCUUUGCUAACAGUACUAAUACAAUUCCGGGAAUACAAAACGGCGGUGUGUGGAGACAUUCGUGAAAUGUACCAUCAGGUACAGAUUCGUGAGGAUGAUCAGCAUUGCCAACGAUUCUUUUGGAAAGAUAAGCCAGAAGAUCUCCAUCCCAGUGUAUAUAUUAUGAUGGUAAUGACGUUCGGUGCUAGAUGUUCGCCGAGUACUGCACAGUACAUAAAAAACCACAACGCGGAAAGAUUUCAGCAGGACUACCCAGCCGCAGUCCAUGCCAUCACGAAGCAGCACUAUGUCGACGACAUGCUUGUUAGCGUCGAAUCAGAAAAGGAAGCCUUGCAGAUAGCAAAUGAUGUUAGAAUGAUCCACGCAAAAGCUGGAUUUGAGAUGAGAAAUUGGAUCUCAAACUCAGCCAAUGUACAGGCAGAACUACACGGAGCCACCGCCGACGAGAAGAACCUAAGUAUCGGCGAUGAAAAUGCCACUGAAAAGGUCCUUGGGAUGUGGUGGGACACUGUGACGGAUCGUUUCACAUACAAGCUGUCUGCACGAUAUGCUCAAGACCUCCUCUCAGGCCAUCAACGACCGACCAAGCGGGAAGUGCUUAGAAUGCUUAUGAUGAUCUUCGAUCCGUUGGGCAUCAUUGCACACUUUCUGAUGUUCCUUAAAGUCCUUUUACAGGAGAUCUGGAGAUCCGGGAUCGGCUGGGAUGACCCGAUUGAAGAUGUACACUUCGAGAAGUGGUUACUGUGGCUGUCAGUUUUACCUCAAGUUACUUCAGUCAGAAUCCCUCGGUGUUAUCGGGUUCAAACAUCUUUAGCAGCGGAUACAGAAGUACAAAUGCAUACCUUCGUAGAUGCUAGCGAAAAUGGCUUUGCUGCGGUAAUUUAUUUACGAUUUCGUCAAGGGGACAUUAUAGAGUGCGCGCAGGUCGGUGCCAAAACGAAAGUGGCACCUCUAAAGUUCCUCUCUAUUCCGCGAUCCGAGCUACAGGCCGCAGUGAUCGGCAUGCGCCUCGCGGAAACCAUCGCUAAAUCGCUCUCAUUCGAAGUGAUAAAGCGAUUCUUUUGGACUGAUUCUAGAGAUGUGAUAUAUUGGUUGAACUCGGAUCAUCGACGAUACAGCCAAUUUGUUGCAUUUCGUGUCAGCGAGAUCCUCGAUACAACGAAUGCAGACGAAUGGUACUGGAUUGGGACAAAACUGAAUGUUGCGGACGAGGGAACUAAGUGGAAAGGAACUCCCAAUCUCGACGCGUCUAGCCGCUGGUUUCGAGGUCCAGAGUUUCUCUGGUUUCCGGAAAGAGAAUGGCCAAAAUCUCCAAAACUCGUCGAAUCGUCAACAGUUGAAGAACUUCGUCCUCACCUGCUACUUCAUGUUGCUUCAUCCUACGUAUUGCGCUACAUUGGAAACCUAAAGCGAAGCGUGAAGAAGAAGAAUCUAAUUUGCGGUCCAUUGAUCCAGCAAGAGUUUGUGAAAGCCGAAUACUAUUUGUUUCGUCUCGCUCAAAGUUUUGCUUACGCCGAUGAAAUUGUUAUUCUCAUGAGGAAUCGCUCUUUGGAAGGACCAAAACGAGAAAUUUCUAGGAACAGCGCUUUGUUCAACAAGUGUGUUGUGUUAGACGAGAACGAUGUCCUUCGAAUCCGUGGUAGAGCACAAAAUAGCCCAUUCAUUCACUAUGAUGCUGCUAAUCCUAUAGUCCUACCACGAGAUCAUCAUAUCACACGGCUUAUUAUUGCUGAUGUACAUAAUCGAUUCAACCACCAAAAUCAUCAGACGAUCAUCAAUGAGUUGCGACAGCGCUACAGAAUCCCUCGACUAAAGGCUACAUACAAUAACAUCCGGAGGGAGUGCCAGCAGUGCAAAAUCGACGGUGCAAAUCCUCAACCUCCUGCAAUGUGCGACCUACCGCCGCAGCGUCUGGCUGUAUUCGCUCGUCCAUUCACACACAUGGGCAUAGACUAUUUCGGUCCAAUGCUGGUAUCAGUAGGACGCCGCACGGAGAAGCGGUGGGGAGUCUUAGCCACGUGUCUCACAACUCGUGCUAUCUACGUACAACUCGCUCACACAUUAUCUACGGAUUCCUGCAUUAUGGCUAUAAGAAACAUUAUGAGCAGAAGGGGAAUACCAGCGGUCAUUUACAGUGAUCGAGGAACGAAUUUCCAGGGAACAAGUAAGGAACUUCAGACCGCAAUCCUAAAUCUCAACCAUGAUCAACUAGGUAAGGAAUUUACCUCAAGCCAUACUCAAUGGUACUUCAUUCCUCCCGCAUCUCCGCAUAUGGGUGGCGCUUGGGAACGUUUGAUCCGCUCCGUCAAACAGAAUCUGCACAAAAUUAAAACCAGUAGGCUGCCUACCGAUGAAGUUUUUGGAAAACAUGCUGUUGGAGGUCGAAAAUAUCAUCAAUUCGCGUCCUCUGACCGACAUUCCUGUUGA